AUGUGUGCCUUGAAUUUUAUCUGCGUCAUCUUUCUUGCCUUUACAGGGAAUUCCUCUAUGAAGCGGCCGUUGCGUGCAGCCGACGUGAUGAUAUUCUUGAUAUUUCAUUGUACACUUCUGUGGAUAACGUUUACUCCUUCAGGAGCUGCAGGAAUUUCUAAUGAAAAUGGAAAACUCCUGUGUGCAACAGCAGAGUGCUCGGAAAGAGCGAGACUCAUCAAUGCAUCCCUUAAUUUCACUGCUGACCGUUGUGAAGACUUUUACUCGUACGCUUGUGGAGGGUGGCUAAAGGACCACAAUAUACCAAAGGGCAAUAUAGCGUUUGGUCUUUAUGAUCAGUUGGAGCAAGAUGUGCUCAAAACAAUAAAAGACCUGCUUGGAAACUUGAGCAGCGUUGAGGAGACACCAAAUACUGUGCACAAUCUUGGAGUCAUGUACAGAAGGUGUUUAGACAAGAAUGAUACUCCUGGGGAUUUCGCCAAUGUUCUAAAGGCAUAUGGAUAUAAUAACUGGCCAAUGAAUAGUACAAAAAAUGGCGAUCCUGGAUGGAAUCUUACUGAUUUCUUUAACAAUUCUGGAAUUAAUACGCUCUUUGAGUUGGAUCUAGUUAAAGACCCUGAAAACGCCUCGAAACCCGCUAUUAAGAUUGGCCAUAAACCCAUAGGAAUAUCAACAGGCGACGAACUCAUCAAAUACAAUCAACUUAUUAUGGAACUUGUGAGCUCUGUAAACUCUAGCUAUGACAACGUAUCUCUCCAAAAUUUCGCUGACCGUAUAAAUGAGAUCGAGGCAUUGCUCUUCAAUCUCUCCAAACCUGUGAAUGGGGCCCUGCCGACUGCUUCUAUGGCGUCGAUCUCCGAGCUACAAAAGAAUUUCUCAAAUAUUCCUCUUCUUGAAAUGCUCAACGAGGAAUUUUCAAAGUUGAACAUAACUUUAAAUGAAUCAGAGAGUGUGUUCGUCGACACGUUGUAUUACUACGAGCAGCUAAACGAAUUUCUGGCAAAGGCGUCUUCUGAUGACCUGGAAAUGUUGUACAAUUACGCACCCAUCAUUAACCUAUAUUUCCUUCUCGAGCACGCUUCGAGAAAAAUUCGAAAGAGCUUUGCAGCAGCAGAGCGAACCCCAUUCAAACAUGAAAGAAACUGGGACGAUUGUUACACGUUGCUAAGAAAAAGUAUGCCUGAGGUCAUUGAGUACGUCUACAUAAACUCCACAUCCAGUCUCGACGUCCGAAAUGAGGUGUUGAAAAUAGCCGAAAGGAUUCGUGAGACAUUUAACGCGACAAUUGAAAAUGCCGACUGGAUGAAGAGCGAGAGCAAAGCUAUUCUGCAGCAGAAGUUAAAGGACAUAGCUUUUGGAAUUGGAUGCCCGGAUUAUAUUUUGAACAUCACAUAUAUUGACCGUGUGUACAAACACGUACCCAGAUUCAGUAUCAAUACAACUAUACUUGAAAUGAUGUACUUCUUGAAACAAAACAAUUACUUGAAGCAAUUGGUUGCGUUAAGGGAACCAAGGCACAGCGACAGCUUGUUGCAAAGCUGGCAGAAAAGCGCCUUAGACCUCGGUGCCUUUUACUAUCCUCCGGAAAACCGAAUCGAAAUACCUUGGGCAAUGUUCCGUCCUCCAUUUUUCCAGCGAGGAGUUCCUCGUUCCCUAAACUUUGGUGCCAUCGGCGGGCUUAUUGCUCACGAGAUGCUCCAUGCCUUCGACGCAAGCGCUAUGAUAUUAAAAAAGGUUGGAUCAAACGUAACUCUGGAUUCUAAUGAUACAGCGGCGUUUAAAAACAAAACUAAGUGUUUUUUCAACCAAUACAAAAACGCCAGCGAGACUCUGUGGAAGGUGAGUAUUUCAUCGCUUUCUAUUCGGCUGUGACAUUCGUCACAUUUA